CAACAGGCGCGACGAGUGCCGAUGCCCAAAGCGAAUUCGAGCGGUCAGUUUGCAAUUUGCCAGCUCUUGCGCACCGCAUCUCGACCGGACCAAGCCAGCCAGCUAGCAAGCACCCAGCCUCAAGAUGACUAAGACCUCCUCUGUUGACGCUGAAUCACCGACUAAGACGGAGUGCCUGGAGCUCUUCCGCGCACUGAAGAACAAGGACGAGCUGUCGCGCUCGUGCAAAGAGAUCAUGCAAAUGAUCACGGCCAACGACAAGGGCGUCAUGGAGAAUGAGCCGCUCAACACGCACGGCGGAAGCCGGACGCGCGGUGGCAUCAGUCACGCAGCGCUGCAGCGUCGCUUCACGGGCAAAAUGUCGGGGGUCAGUCUCUCCGGCUAAGGCGCUUUGAUGACUUUAAGACCUAAUCCAGUCGAGUCGAGCCCAGCCCCACUCGUUGCGUAGUAUUCUUCACCAAGUCAAGUAGGAGAGCCGUGUAGAGGAGUGAAGUCGGCCAGGGGCGGCCGGGUGUAGCUGUACCAAUACCCCCUCGCAAAAAAUCUCCGUCGUCGAAGCUUCAACAUUAAUUCACCCAAUAACACACUCAAGAAUGAUUGUCGUUUAAUUUUUCCUCUG